GUGUAGCAGGUUUAGGGUAAUUUGUUCAUAACUUCUAACCGAGCAUGAAGUUCCAAAAGGGGAGCAAAGUGGAGGUUAUGAACAAGACGGAGCUGCCAACAUCAUGGUGUGUUGCCGAAGUUGUUUCUGGGAAUCGAAAUACUUACAAUUUGAGGUACGAUUGUUGCUACGCGCGUGUUGAAAAGGUGUCUGGGGAGCUUAUACGCCCUUGUCCUCCUCGUUCAAACGAUGAACACAAUUGGGUGGUUGGCGAUAUCGUGGAAGUGUUGGAUGAUAGUUCAUGGAAAACUGCAACAUUAGUUUGCCAAGUUUCUGAUGGAGCACACUUUUCAUCAAGGCCUCAUGGCUUCUCGUACGAGAUAGUCGUCCAUAAAUCAAACAUAAGGGCCAGACAACUGUGGCAACAUGGACAAUGGCUUCCAAUUAUUUCAGGAAGCUUUGGAGAUGCAAAGAUGGUAGAACCAAAAUUUGGUUUGCAGAUACCAAUGCCUGAUGAAAAACUCUAUGACGAAAGGGACAGUAACUUGCUUAUUUACAACGAUGCUGGAUUACACAAGUCUUCUAGGACGCAACUGAAGAGAGCUUCCCCCUUUUGCUCUAAAUAUUAUUAUGCUAGUAAUAAGAAAAUGAAUAACUACUAUGCUGAUAGUGACAAAUGCUCUGUCGGUAGUUGUAGUAGCCGCGCUCUAAAUGUAGAAAGUGAUGCAGCAGAGUCUUCAAGGAACGAGGAGGAAAAGGGAGUUCAUGGCUUAGAGCUACAUGCUUACCGUUUCACUUUAGAGGCGCUAUAUGCUUCUGGACCGCUAAGUUGGGAUAAAGAAGCAUUGCUGACCAAUCUUCGCAUUAACCUCCACAUAUCGAAUGAUGAACAUUUGGAAGGGUUAAGGAAUUUAAUUUCUACACGAACUACUAAUUAGCUGUAUAUACAAGUAUUUGGUAGCUUCUUCUUCUGUCUGUAGACGAUUCGCCAGAAUUUGUAAUUAAUGUAACAAAUUUGUAUGAAGAAGAAAUGAAUGUAUCACUACCAAGUUGCGUAUUGCUUUU